AGUCCUCAGCGUUACCAGUUUCAGGCCCUGCUUCUUCUGCUCAACAAGUUUACAGACUUCCUCCCAAGAAUGUCCUGCCAGCAGAGCCAGCAACAGUGCCAGCCUCCUCCCAAGUGCACCCCCAAGUGCCCUCCCAAAUGCCAGACUCCUAAAUGCCCCCCAAAAUGUCCCCCUAAGUGCCCUCCCAAGUGCCCUCCUGUGUCUUCCUGCUGUAGCCUGGGUUCUGGGGGCUGCUGUGGCUCCAGCUCUGGUGGUUGCUGCAGCUCUGGUGGCUGCUGCAGCUCUGGUGGUUGCUGCAGUUCUGGGGGUGGAGGCUGCUGCCUGAGCCACCACAGGCCUCACAGAUCUCUUCGUCGCCAUCGACACAGCUCUGGAUGCUGUAGCAGUGGUGGUAGCAGUGACUGUUGUGGCAGCAGUGGUUGCUGUGGCAGCAGUGGCUGCUGUGGUGGUAACCAGCAGUCUGGGGACUGCUGCUGACCUGGGUCAUGAAGGCUUCAGACAAGCAAUAAAGAAAGAAACCAUGUUCACAGGACCUGUUCCUGCCUGCUAUUCCUCCCUCCCUUCUUGUUUUCUGUGUUCUGAAUUUUGAGAUGAUGAAUUUUUUUCAGUGAAGUUCAAAUUUUACUCACUAGUCUCAUCUCCUUCUGUGAUUCCAAAUAAAAUCUUUCCU